AUGCCAAGGCCUAAAGGCGACCUUUGGAAAUUUUUCGAAGAAGAAAAAACCGACGAGGCUCACGAUAACCUAGGUCUAAGUCAGGCUCAUGCUCGCUGUAAAUUAUGUGGCAAUAGUUACAAGGUUAACGAUGGAAACACCUCAGGCAUGCGUAGACAUUUGAUUCGUAGGCACAUCGAUGAGUUUAGGAAGUUGGAGAAAGAGAAACAUAAAGUUGGUCAAAAGAGAGACGGUGAUGUGCCCUUAGACGAACUGGAGAGCAUCUGUGAUGAAGAGACUAAUGAACAAGGAACCAGUGAAACAUCCCAUCAGGAUCGCAAGAGGCGGAGACUUUCAACGCCAGAUUAUCUUAUUGAACGCCAGACAAGCCAGAGUAAAUUAAGUAAUUUUUUCAAGUACAAAUCCAGAGAUCCAAACCAACUACGAGGUGACUUGGAAAUCAUGAAACUUGUUGCGAGGAUGAAUCUUCCAUUCGGAUUCGUAGAGGCAAGACCUUUCAGAGAGUUUUUGCAAUACUUUGACUCGAGGCUGAAAAUCAAGGCUGCCACAACAUAUUCUAGGUACAAGCUUCCUUUGCUGUACGAAAAUGUCAAAUCGGCUGUGGAUCAAGUUUUGAAAAAUGAUCUGCCAGAAAGUCCAGGAAUUGCUUUGAGUACGGACAUUUGGACUUCAAGGAACUUCGAUCCAUACCAAUCAUUGUCAGUGCAUUACAUUAACAAAAAGUGGAUCCUGAACAAGUUCAUUGUUUCCGUCAGUCCUUUCAGUGAGCGCCAUACUGCCGACAACAUUGCAAAAAAAACUCGACAAGGUUUUUGCCGAGCUGCCAGCGCCAGGAACUGUUCCAGUAGUCGUCACUCACGACAAUGCUGCCAACGUCAAAGCUGCAAUUCCAAAGUGCACUUUAUUGACGCGUCUUUGCUCUGUGUGGACCAUACCCUAAAUUUGGCCAUCAAGGACACUGUUGCUGCCACCGUAACCGUAAACCAUGCAAUCACUCGUGCUCAAAAGCUGGCAGAAAAGACGCACAAGAGUCAUUUGCCAAAUGAAAGAAUCAAGGCUGAAAUUGCAGCUAUGAAUAGAGACCUUAGUCUUUCAAUGGGGACCGAUACAGAAGAAAAUGUUACACAGUUCGUCUACAAAAAGCUCAUCACUGCAAACAACACCCGCUGGAAUUCUACAUACAUGUGUAUUCAGAGCGUCGUCGACAUGAAAGAACCCCUUUCUGCAAUAAGAGCAAGACCAG